GACUUGAACUGUUCAUGGAUGGCGACCUGACUCUGGUUGGUGAGAGAGGUGUGACUCUGAGUGGGGGACAGAAGGCAAGAGUGAGUCUGGCCAGAGCAGUCUAUCGUCAGGCAGACAUCUACCUCCUCGACGACCCACUCAGUGCUGUUGAUUCAGUCGUAGCAAAGCACCUCUUUGAAAGGUGUAUUCGAGGGCUGUUGAAAGAUAAAAUCGUUAUAUUAGUCACUCAUCAAGUGCAGUUUGCACUGGAGGCUGACAAACUACUUGGACUUAAAGAGGGUCGAGUUGAGAUGUAUGGUACUCACGCUGAGCUGGCUGCCAGAGGAGUGGACACCAAUGCUUUGCUGGGCCUGCUCCAAGAGGGGGAGGAGGGCAGGGAUGGAACGGGCAAAGACAAAUUACACUCUGUCCCCAACCCGCUGGACAACCCCACUCCCAGGAGAAGACGAAAACAAACUGACAGCGAAUCCCUUAAUGAAUUCCACGAUAUUGAUGAGGCCUCUAUAUACAUGGCCCCUUCUUUGUUGUCCCUCCAUUCUGUUGUCGACACUGUUACUAGCGGACAAGACGAUAUAAUCCUGGAGCAGCAAGGUCCACCAUCUGAGGAGAGGGCACACGGAACUGUCUCCAUGAAGACCUACUACAAGUACUUCAGAGCUGGAGGAAACUUCUUGUUUUUGUUUGCCAUUCUUGUCGUUCUAUUUGCAGCUGAGGGAGGUGUGGUUUUGUCUGAUUGGUGGCUAACCGACUGGGCGAACUGUGACAUUCAGAAAGUCAAUAGUUCACAAGAUUGCACUCUGGAAACCAAUACCAGCCUCUCGGAACUCUGUCAACUCUCGAACAACACAAGACUUUGGAUAUUCACUGCCCUCAUUGCAAUAGCCUUGUUGCUGUUCAUAAUCAGAGCUGUGUUGAUCUAUGGUCUCACUAUCAAUUCCUCACGAGUCUUACACAACAGGAUGUUUGCUUCUGUUCUGAGAGCCCCUGCAAGAUUCUUCGACACUAAUCCAAGUGGACGAGUAUUGAAUCGCUUCUCAAAGGACAUUGGCUUCCUAGACGAUCUCUUACCACAAGUUUUCUUUGAAUUUAUCCAACUAUUUGUCCGAUUUUUGGGCAUUCUGAUAAUCUCUAUAGCAGCCAAUCCUUGGCUUGCGAUUGUGGCUGCAGCUGUCAUGGUGGUGUUUGUCUUCUUCCGUUGGUAUUACCUGAAAACUGCCCGAGACGUAAAAAGACUGGAAGCCAUAGGUCGCAGUCCUAUCUACUCUCACGUCUCCACUACUCUGCAAGGGCUACCCAUCAUCAGGACCUUCCAGAAACAGGACAUUGCUCAGAGACUCUUAUAUCAUCACCAAGAUGUCCACAGUGAAGGUUGGUAUGCAUAUCUCGUGACAGCAAGGUGGUUUGGAAUGCGGAUCGAUCUCCUCAGUGCUGGUUUCCUCGCCUUUGUUGUCUUCACCUCGAUUCCCCUUGCCUCAGGGUUGAGUGCUGAGCUGGUGGGACUGAGUCUAGUGUAUGCUGUGUCACUUGCUGGACAGUUCCAGUACUGUAUUCGACAGAGCGCUGAAAUGGAGAACAUUAUGAUAUCAACAGAACGGAUCCUGGGUUACAGUAGAUUGGAGUCUGAAGCGUCACUGGAAACACUUCUUCCCAGCGACAAACCAUCUCCAGAAUGGCCAGAGGAAGGGCGAAUCCAAAUGAAGAAUGUGUCUUUCCAGUACUCGCCUGAGUUGCCCCUAGUGUUGAAGGGCCUUGAUCUCACAAUCCAGCCAGGAGAGAAGAUUGGAGUUGUGGGGAGGACAGGAGCAGGAAAAUCCUCCCUCCUCUCAGUGCUCUAUCGACUGGCCGAGUCGUCCGGUGUCAUCACCGUCGAUGGUGUGGACAUACAGUCCAUUGGCUUACAUGACCUUCGUAACAAGAUGUCCAUCAUUCCUCAAGACCCUGUACUAUUCAGUGGGACAAUGCGUUACAACCUAGACCCUUUCAACGAGUUCUCAGACAAUGAGUUGUGGGAUGUGCUGGAGCAGGUGCAGUUGAAGGGAGCAGUUGAGCAGCUGGAGGGACAACUGGCUGGCGAGGUGUCUGAAGGAGGUAGCAACUUCAGUGUGGGGCAGAAGCAGCUCGUGUGUUUGGCCAGGGCACUGCUGAGGAAGAACAAGAUCCUGAUACUGGACGAGGCCACCGCUAAUGUGGACCCACGAACUGAUGAGAUUAUCCAGCUAGCCCUUCGUAAGAAGUUCACUGAGUGCACAGUCAUCACAAUAGCUCAUCGACUGAACACUAUCAUGGACUCGGACAGAAUAUUGGUGAUGAGCAAUGGAAGAUUGGAGGAGUUUGAUCAGCCCCUCUCUCUCCUGGAGAACUCAGAUUCUCUCCUCUCAAAGAUGGUGUCUAAAACUGGCCCUGUGGCAUCCAGGAAGCUGAGACUAAUGGCUGAAGAUGCUGCCAGGAGACAAAACUCUGUGUUUAGUUUGCCUCUUGAGACUACUGUUUGAUCAUGCACGGUUGUGUUCUUCAUUGUGCUAUAAUAUUUCAAGGUGUGAAGAAAUAACUGAUAUCAUAUGUGA